GGCGGCGGUGUGGCCUCAGAGGGGUGGGGCAGAAGCGAGGCAGGACGGCCGAGGCCGCAAGGCGGAAUGCUGCGCGUGGCGCUGGGUCGCGUGCUGGCGCUGUGGAGUCGCGCGAGACCCCAAGGGCCAGGCCUGAGGAGUCUGUGGGGAUGUGGGCUCCACCCGGAGGUCGUGAGUAGGCGGCGGGCGCUGGGCUGGGGCUGGAGGCGCUCGAGCUCCACGCCGGAACCUGGGGCGGCGCUGGGGCGCGUGGAGACGUCACACUACCAGCUAGCCUACACCUGCAAGGUCUGCGGAACUCGGUCAUCCAAGCGCAUCUCCAAGCUGGCCUAUCAUCAGGGUGUGGUCAUUGUGACCUGCCCCGGCUGCCAGAACCACCACAUCAUUGCCGACAACCUGGGCUGGUUUUCGGAUCUGGAUGGGAAGAGGAAUAUUGAAGAAAUUCUGGCAGCCAGAGGGGAGAAGGUACACCGAAUGGCCAAUGAGGGGACUCUAGAACUGGUUUCUGAGGCUGCUGGGGGCCCCAAAUCCAUGGAUGCUGUGGAGCAGGGCAAGGACCAGGAUCCCAUUCACCCGGGCAAGACGGAAUGCAGCUGACCCCACCUUCUGCCCAGGAAAGGGUUGCCUCAGACUGGGCCCUCUGCACUUGGCUAGUUUUCCACCAAUAAACAGACAUUUUAAAAAAUUUCUUU